AUGAAGUUCUACAUUGACGAUCUUCCGGUGCUUUUCCCUUACCCAAAGAUAUAUCCAGAACAGUAUGCAUAUAUGUGUGAUAUCAAGAAGACUCUAGAUGUGGGAGGAAAUUGUAUUUUGGAAAUGCCUUCGGGUACAGGUAAAACUGUGUCUUUGCUUUCCCUUACAGUCGCCUAUCAAAUGCAUUAUCCAGAACAUAGGAAAGUCGUUUACUGUUCUCGUACAAUGUCUGAGAUUGAAAAAGCAUUGAUCGAGUUGUAUAAUUUGAUGGAAUACAGAGCCAAUGAAUUGGGCUUUGUGGAAGACUUUAGGGGAUUGGGUUUGACAAGUAGAAAGAAUUUAUGUCUACAUCCAACAAUUUCUAAGGAGCGAAAAGGGGCUGUGGUUGAUGAAAAGUGCAGGAGAAUCACUAAUGGUCAGUUGAAGCAUCGUAUUGAAGAAGGUGCUAUCGAUGAGGAAGCCCAAAGAUCGAAUCCUGAAGUUAAUUCAUUAUGCAAAUUCCAUGAAAACCUUUACGAUUACGAACAACAUGAUUUGAUUCCUCCAGGCGUGUAUUCUUUUGAGUCUUUGAUGGAUUUCGGCAGAGAGAAAUCCACAUGUCCAUAUUUCACUGUCAGAAGAAUGAUACCUUUCUGCAAUAUUAUUAUUUAUUCCUAUCAUUAUUUAUUAGACCCUAAGAUUGCAGAAAGGGUUUCUAAAGAAUUGAGCAAAGAUAGUAUCAUUAUAUUUGACGAGGCACACAAUAUUGAUAACGUGUGUAUAGAGUCCUUGUCUUUAGACUUGACAGAUGAUACUCUCAAAAGAGCCACUCGAGGUGCCAACAAAUUGAGCGAUGCAAUUGAAGACAUGAAAGCCCAAGACAGCGAAAAGCUUCAGAACGAAUAUGAGAAAUUGGUAGAAGGUUUGCGACAAGCUGAAAUAGCCCGUGAUGAAGAGCUAUUUAUGGCCAAUCCAACUCUACCUCAGGAUUUAUUGGACGAAGCUAUACCCGGGAAUAUAAGAAAAGGAGAACACUUCGUGUCUUUUUUGAAGAGAUUCAUCGAAUACUUGAAAACCAGAAUGAAAGUUCUUCAUGUUAUAAGUGAAACACCGAAUAGUUUUCUCCAGCAUUUGAAGGAACUAACAUUCAUAGACCGAAAACCGUUGAGAUUUUGCAGUGAACGGUUAUCUUUAUUGGUGAGGACAUUAGAAUUGAAUGAUAUUGAAGAUUUUACUGCUUUAAAAGACAUUGCAACAUUUGCAACCUUGGUUUCUACUUAUGAUAAAGGGUUCCAGUUGAUAUUAGAGCCGUUUGAAACUGAAGGGGCUACAGUCCCAAAUCCUAUUUUGAGGUUCACUUGUCUCGAUGCAUCUAUUGCAAUGAAACCUGUGUUCGAUAGAUUUUCAUCAGUUAUCAUCACAUCAGGGACAAUUUCUCCUUUGGAUAUGUACCCAAAAAUGUUAAACUUUGAAACUGUUAUUCAAAGAUCCUAUACCAUGACCUUAGACAGAAGAUCGUUCUUACCAAUGAUAGUGACAAAAGGGUCUGAUCAAGUUUCCAUUUCCUCCCGGUUUGAAAUUCGUAAUGAUCCAUCGGUUGUGAGGAACUAUGGAUCCCUUUUGAUUGAGUUUUCGAAAAUCACCCCAGAUGGAAUGGUUGUAUUUUUCCCUUCGUAUCUUUACAUGGAAUCUAUCAUUUCAAUGUGGCAAACUAUGGGUGUUCUAGAUGAAGUGUGGAAAUACAAAUUGAUCCUAGUAGAAACCCCAGAUGCCCAGGAAACGUCAUUGGCAUUGGACACCUAUAGAAAAGCAUGUAACAGUGGAAGAGGAGCGGUUUUACUAUCAGUGGCCCGUGGUAAAGUCAGUGAAGGCAUUGAUUUUGACCAUCACUAUGGAAGAACAGUCUUGAUGAUUGGGAUUCCUUUCCAAUAUACCGAAUCAAGAAUCUUAAAGGCAAGGCUCGAGUUCUUGCGAGAAAAUAACCAAAUCAGAGAGAAUGACUUUUUGUCUUUCGAUGCUAUGCGUCAUGCUGCUCAGUGUUUGGGUAGAGUUUUGAGAGGGAAAGAUGAUUAUGGUAUCAUGGUUUUAGCAGAUAGAAGAUUUGCUAGGAAGAGAAGCCAACUACCAAAAUGGAUUGCACAGGCAUUGAAUGAUUCCGACUUGAACUUGUCAACAGAUAUGGCAUUAGCAAAUGCUAAGAAAUUCUUAAGAACUUUAGCACAACCCACAAAUCCAAAGGAUCAAGAAGGCGUCAGUGUGUGGGACCUCCAACAAUUGCAAAAGCAUCAACAAGAACAGAUAAAACAACUCAAUGAACAUUCAGGAAACACGGGUGUUUCUGAAGAUGGAGUGGUGAGUGCUCCUGAGGAUGUGGAUUUCAUGGACAUGGACGAUGAAGAAUUAAAUAUGUUGUAA